UUUCGUACUUUUUUGUUGCCUAGCAACAUCGUUACAUUUCUCAAAACAUUGUUUUCGCGUUGCUUGUUGUAUUUCUCAGCUUUCGUUGCAGAUUACAUACGGCUUCCGCGACCAUGCCCGGCAGCAGAGUCACCACUGUUUCUUCAGCAACAAGCUUGGGUUCCAAGUAUUCCAAAAGGUAUCGUACAAAAUCAAAGCAGUCGAAUGUAGAUGAGUCAUUAUUCGGGAGUCCGUCCAAGACAAAAGUUGUAUCAGAACCAGAUCAACAGAAGUCCAUGGUUGCUCCACGCAGAAGUGGGCUUCGUUCAAAAACAAGAAAACCAGAGACAAUACAAGUCAUUACCAAAGAUCUUAUAAGAAAUGUUGUUGUUCCUGGGAAUGAUCCAUCAGGACUGACAGUUAUUUUAAACCCAAACAAAUUUGGUCGCAUUCAACAAGCAGCAAGGGUGAGAACAAAGGAAGAGAUACAAAGAGAAUAUGAAAUGACCAAAAUGGAAAAGGAUCAUGCAAUGGAAGCUUCUCAAUUGCGGAAAGAACAAAUGAAACAAAGAGAGUUGGAACGAAAACAAAAUGAAAAGUUAAGUGAUUUGGAAUCAGAGGCAAAGGAAAAGGCUGAGUAUUUGCUUGAAAAGGCAAAUGCUCAGAGAUUAGAACAAGAAGAUGAAGUGAAACAUAUCAAUGAGUUAAUAUUAAAUGCAAAAUGUCAUGCGAUUCGUGAUGCGCAAAUCUUGGAGAAAAAGUCGGUGAAAACUGAAAUGGAGUCAGAAGAAAAAAGGCUGGACACGAUGAUGGAGAUUGAUCGAAUAAAUGCCAUCAAGACACAGGAAGAAAUAGAAGAACUGAGGAAACAUCAGAGAUAUGCAGGGGCUGUUCAAAUCAUGAAACAGAUUGAACAAAAUGCACAAGAUCGAAUGCUUGAGCAAGAAAAGAAAGAUCAAGAAUCUCAGCAAAUGUUGAAAUAUCUUGAAAAACUUCAAGUGGAAGAUCUUAAAGAUCUAGAACGAAAACAUCAGGAACAGUUGGUGAUGCAAAAAGAAAUUGAUCAAAUUAAUCAGGAACAUCAGAGACAGAAGGAACUCCGUGCUGAACAGGAAAAACUUGCAGAACAAAAAGUUAUCGAAUACAUGAAGCAAAAAGCGGAGAGGGAGGCUGAAUAUGAAGCGGAACAAGAAAGAAUUCGAAGAGAAAAAGAGAAAGAAGUUGCCAAGCUUCGAGCUUUGCAGGAACGAGCAAGAGAUCAUCAAGCUGAACAAGAUGCCCUUAGAGCCAAGAGGAACCAGGAACAAGCUGAGAGAGAAUGGAGAAAAAAAGAACAAACUGAGGCGCAGAAAAAGAUUCAAGCUGACAGAGUUAUGAAGCGGGCGAGGACAGAGCAAAUUCAAUCUAAAGAACAUUUUAUGGCUGUACAAGCACAGAGGGAAAGAUUGGAAUUUGAAAGAGUGUUGAAGGAACAACAGCGCUUAUUGGAGAAAGACAAAGUCAAAGAAGAGGAUGCUUUGAAGGAAAGAUUACAUCACGCUGAUGAAGUCAGACGUCAGAUAAGAAACAAAGAACAACUGAAGAUUUCAGAGAGAAAUGCUUUCUUUGAGGAAGGAAUAAAAAUGGAAGAAGAAGCUCGCCAAAGACGUGCUAGGCUUGAUGAGGUUAAAAAGAAGAAGUUGGAUGGAUUGAGAAAAGCUGGUGUUCCAGUAAAAUAUUGUGCUGAAGUAGAAAGAAGAAUAAAUGUUCCACCUGGACUCGUUGCUUGAACUAAAUUUUUGAUCUCUUACAUUUGGUUAUUUUGUUUUCCUCACUGUAGGUUUUUUAACAAGACCAUUUGUUUGUUUUUUUUCUAUUGUUUAUACUUGUUAACUUGUAUUGGCAACACUGUACAUAUAUAUAUAUGUGUGUAUACACAUUGAUGUUAUUGGUAGAAUAAAAACAAUUGCUUACUAAUGGGUAGUUUGAAUUGGUUUGUUUAGAUUAAAAAAAAGUGAUGUUAAUUUUCACAGAACAUAAGAGGUUAAAAUCAUGCUUACCUCGAGACGCAACUGAUGAAGUGAUAUAGUGAUUGUCAUAUUUAAAUUAUUUAACGGAACUUAUUUGUUCUCACGUUGUGAGGUAAAAGUAGCCGUUAUAACAUGAGUAUCUACCAUCAUACACAUCGUCCCCGGUUCAGUUUUCACUUAUGUAGCACUGACGUGCAGACUAUACCCUCUUAGAUUGACCCACAGUGGCAGUUGUGUCGAGGGGAAAACCCGAUUCCCUGCGCUUACAAGGCAAACGCCGAGUAACGUCUAACGAAUCCACUGUGUCAUGUCAUUAUUGUAAAGUGUUUAUAAAAUUUUAUAGCCUAGUCGAUGAGUUGCACCACUAGCAAUGCAGAUGAUGCUACAAGCUAUAACGUCGUUACAUACCGACUGCUGCUUUAUAUAUUCCGUCAAAUAAACCCUUGCUAUUUCAAACACUAUAACAAACCCCAUGUUAUCAAAUUUAAUUUUAGCAAUAAUUUAUGCUUGCAAAAAGCAUCGGAAUUAAAUUUUAGUUUUGUUUUAUUCCAAACGCAAUUUUUUGUUUUAAGGUGUUAUAGACAGGGUUAAUGUGAUCAAAAUUUAUUUAAUAUUCAUCUUCUCCUUCUUCAGCUUCACCCUCCACUGAAUCAACUCCAACUUCUUCAUAAUCUUUCUCGAGAGCAGCGAGAUCCUCGCGAGCUUCGGAGAAUUCUCCUUCUUCCAUUCCUUCACCGACA